GGAUUUUAGAGUAACACCCGAGGCCCUCGCACUUCCGUUCCUCAUGACAGAGGCUUGGACUCCCCUUACCCAGAGAACGGAGAUUUAGGAGAAGCCAGAAGUCUUCCUUUCAAAGGGAAAAUGGGGAAAAUAACCUGAAAGCGGGCUUCAAUAGUUCCAACCCGAUCACGGAAAUGCCAAAAUGAUGAACCCGGCAGUGAUAAACAGGAAGUAGGUCAGGAAGAACAAUAAUAAGGUUACACCCAAGCGUGGGUUUCGAAGGCGCGGAAUUUUCCGUACAGACAGAUUUAAGGCUGCAAGGAAGGAGUACUGGGAGCAUGGCUUUCCCUGAGCCAAAGCCGCGGCCUCCAGAGCUGCCGCAGAAACGGUUGAAGACGCUGGACUGCGGGCAGGGGGCAGUGCGAGCCGUACGAUUUAAUGUGGAUGGCAAUUACUGCCUGACGUGCGGCAGUGACAAGACCCUGAAGCUGUGGAACCCGCUUCGGGGGACGCUGCUGCGGACGUACAGCGGCCACGGCUACGAGGUGCUGGAUGCGGCCGGCUCCUUUGACAACAGUAGUCUCUGCUCCGGCGGCGGGGACAAGGCGGUGGUUCUGUGGGAUGUGGCAUCAGGGCAGGUCGUGCGCAAAUUCCGGGGCCACGCAGGGAAGGUGAACACGGUGCAGUUUAAUGAAGAGGCCACAGUUAUCCUGUCCGGCUCUAUUGAUUCCAGUAUCCGCUGUUGGGAUUGCCGCUCACGGAGGCCUGAGCCAGUGCAGACGCUGGAUGAGGCCAGAGAUGGCGUAUCCAGUGUGAAGGUGUCAGACCACGAGGUCCUGGCAGGCUCCGUGGAUGGCCGCGUGAGACGCUAUGACCUGAGGAUGGGGCAGCUCUUCUCAGACUACGUGGGCAGCCCCAUCACCUGCACCUGCUUCAGCCGGGAUGGGCAGUGCACCCUGGUGUCCAGCCUGGACUCCACAUUGCGGCUCCUGGACAAAGACACAGGGGAGCUGCUGGGCGAGUACAAGGGCCAUAAGAACCAGGAAUACAAGCUGGACUGCUGCCUGAGCGAGCGUGACACACAUGUGGUCAGCUGUUCUGAGGACGGGAAGGUGUUCUUCUGGGACCUGGUGGAGGGUGUGCUGGCUCUGGCCCUGCCUGUGGGUUCCGGUGUGGUGCAGUCGCUGGCCUACCACCCCACAGAGCCCUGCCUGCUGACCGCCAUGGGAGGCAGCGUCCAGUGCUGGCGGGAGGAGGCCUAUGAGGCAGAGGAUGGAGCAGGCUGAAGCCAGGGGACCCACCAACAGGACCAAGGACCGAGACACAGACAUGGAAGGACUUCAGAUACCAUCUUAUUCUAGAGACGUAGCUGACCAAAAAUAGGGGAGGGGCUGGGUCUGCAAAUUAAUAAAUAGAAGAGGGGGUAAGACCUUCCUGGGACCGCAGCCGCUCAGUCCUCGUUCUUCUCAUGCAUGAAGGCAUCCAUCUUCUGGGCAAAGGUUUCAGCCACAAGCAGGGGGAAGACCAGGGAGGCGUCAGCAUAGACCUGGAUAGGGGGGAACCUGGGUAAGCCAUGGGACCCACACCCAUCGUCCCAGAGACCCUAUGCCCCACCCAGCCAGCGCUUACCUUGACAGGCUGUGCAUCCACCCGGAUCUUGCCCCAGGAGACAGCCUCGUCUGGUCGGGCACCUGAGUCAGAGCCAUCAAACUCCUGGGCUGUGUUGAUGUAAACAGCGUAGUCGGCCCCGUUCCGCUGUGGGGAGGAGGGGGCACGGCGGGCCCAGUCAGCCAGUCACAGGAGACAGACAAACACAGAGGGAGGACACCAUAGCCAAACAGGCUGAGAGAUGUGUCCCAGAUGAAGGAAGCCCUUCGCAGACGCUCGCUCCCAGACAGGGCCCAUGUCAAUGUCUGGGGUCACUAGAGCUGCUGGGCAACGAUGGCUGUGUUUCCCCAGACCCAACAGCCAGGUGUCAACAACCCUGCCCCAUCUGCAAGGCAGGAGCUGCCAGCAACUCUAUCUUCAGAAGCCCUCCAAAUCCAACCACCGCCUGCCUCCUGAUCCCUGCAUGGUCACCACUGUCCUGGACUGGAGUUCUCACUCACCUGCCACCAUCUGUUCACCACAUGGCCACCAGAGGGAGCAUGGGAACCCGAGUCAAGUCCUCUCCCACCUCUCUCAGUGCAAAAGCCAAAGCCCCGCCUCAGCCCACAGGGCCCAGCAGGCUCCCUGUGGCACCUCCCUGCAUCACCUCCUGGCCCUCACCACUCCACCUUCCCCUCACCAGGUACCCAGCUGUUCCUGGAUUACUUCAGGCACCCCAGAGCCUUUGCAAUGGCUGUUCCCUCUCCUGGGAACUUUGCAAUCCAGAAGCUCAAUGCUAGCACAGCAGCACAAACUCCUGGCACGGGAGACAACUACAUGGCUCCUGGGAGAUGCCUCCCCAAACCCCUGCUCCCAGCUCACACUUCCAGAAGCCUCCUUCCAAAACCUCUUGUUGGACAGCACCCCUUUCUCUUCUCAUGCCAUCAUUUAGUAUUCUCCGUAGCAAUGACUGCCCCCUGACGUGGAUGUCACUUGUUUGCUAUCUCCCCUACUAGAACAUCAGUCCCAGGGGAGCAGGGAUCCUGGCCUGUCUAGUUCAUGCUGUCUCCCCAGCAUAUGGCAUAGGCCCACCACACAGCAUGUCUGCAGAGUGGGCCGAAGCGCCACCCCCACUCACCAUGAGGUUGGCAUUGGCAAUGUGGUGCUUGACCACGCCCCCGCCCAGAAUGAUCAUCCCAGUGCACUUGGCAAAGAUGGCCUGUGUGUUGAUGAGCCUCAGGUCUGGGGGAAGAGGGCCGAAGUCAGGCCUUGGACUCAGCCAGCCCUCCUUCCCCUCUCCUCUGUGGCCCUAGCGCCUCACCCUCAACGAUGUCCAGGACCAGGCCCGGGUUCUUGUAGGAAUGGAAGAAGAUCAUGUCGCCCAGCGAGCCGUCUGUAAGUGCGGGACUAAACACAGGGAUGUGGUUCUGCAGAGAACAUGACAGGACAGUGGCUGGAGCUCAGAGCCUCGUCCCCGUGCUGGCUAUAUGACUAUCUGACUGUGGAUGGGGUGCCUAAUUUCUCUAGGACUGUUUCCUCAAUUAUAAGCAUAACAGAAACACCUCUCACAAAUGAGGCCUAUAUGAGAAAACCCACAGAAAACACUUAGGAUAGUGCCUGGCACAUAAAGAACCAGCCUAUUCUUA